UUGUGAUUCUUGUCGGGCGGUCAGGCUACCAUAUCAUCUAUUCGCUUUAGUUUUCAAUUUAAUUUGUUUCCACUUUAAUUUCUUUGUGUCAAUUUCCCGAUUAGUUGAUGUUUUCUAUCUAGAAAAUGACAAUGAAAUUGAUGAAAAUUUAAAGCAUACGCAAAAAAAGUGAAAAUAAAAGAAAUAAACCAGCAUUUUUGACGCUAUUUACACCGAGAUAGGAAGAGGGAGAGAGACAACGAAUAAUGAGAACCGAUUGAAUAUCGCUGAUUUGAAGCAUAUUAUUUUACGAGUGCUAACAUAACUGUAACUUGUAAAUGAAAUAAAAAAAAGUUUAUUCAAUGUGUAAUUGUGUGCGCUGCAGUUAUUUUAACUUGUGUUCACGGGUCAAGUGGAUUUCAGUAAUUUGUGUUCGCGCCGCAUUUGAACGAGUAUACGAAGAAGAAUAGAAGAAAAAAAAAAUGAAAGAAUAAAAGUAAAUACAAAGUGAAACUAUAAAAUGAAAUGAGAGGUAAAUAAGAGAAGAAGCAGAAAAAAGUAUCAAACGUGAGCGGGAAACCAGAGUUGAAAUAUUCGAACGAAAAAUAUUUGUAGUAAUAAUUAAGAAGAAGAAGAAGAGAUUAAGACGGAGGGAAAGACAAUGUUUCGUGUCUUUACGGCAGAGCCAUGUGUUUGUAGUAGCUGUUGGUGAUAGCAAUGUGGUCAAUAAUAAAGCGAAUUUUGAACCAUGGAUUGAUGGUAGCAUAAACGUAGUCCGAAAUGAGUUCGAUAUCAACAAUUAUUGUCAAGGAACAGCUGAUGAGAAAAUUCACAGGAGGAAUUCAUUUAAAUAAAUAAAUUGACCAAAAAAAUAAGUAAAUUUGACAAAAAAGGCGAUAAAUAAACGCAAAGACGGUUUAGCAAUUGAAGAGAAAGGAGACGGAGUGUGUGAACGAGAGAUAGAAAGAGAGAGAGAGAGAGAGAGAGAGAGAGAGAGAGAGAGAGAGAAGGAGUGAGUAAGAGUUAAGUGACAGACAUUUGCCAUUUGUCAUCGAACAUGGCAACGUCACAGCAUCCAUGUCUAAAGCUCAACUCACCGGCUUACGUGGAGCCGAUGUUUUACAAAUGGCCACUUCAAACUGGAUCCGGUGCAGCCCACGAUAGUGGCAUCGAAAUUCUGGAUGCAAUCCGAUGGGUAUGUGAGGACAUGCCUGUAGUCAAAGCUGCACUCGAAAAUAUCAUUCUAAAUGAAGUGGACACAACGUGCUAUGAUAGUAUGCGCAACGUUUGCGAUACAUAUAAUAAAGCGAUUGACAGUAUCGCCGGACUGGAAAAGGGAACAUCGUUGACUGAGCAACGAUUGAAUAAGUUCGCUUCUCGUGAACUUUUGCGUCACGUGAUCCAACUGGUUUAUAAUACAGCUGUCGAAGAGCCAGAUAAACUCAACAAAUAUGAAUCAUUUUCACCCGAAGUCUAUGGUGAAACGUCAUUCGAUUUGGUCUGUCGAAUGAUCGAUUUAAUUUCAAUAUCGCCCGAUGAUGUGUUCAUUGACUUGGGUUCGGGCGUUGGUCAAGUCGUUCUUCAAAUGGCCGGUGCACUUCAAAUGAAAUCAUGUUUGGGCAUUGAACGAGCCGAAGUGCCAUCAAAGUAUGCCGUCGAAAUGGAUUUAACAUUUCGUCGUUGGAUGCGAUGGUUUGGAAAGAAAUGGAACGAUUAUGAAUUGAUCAAAGGUGACUUUUUGGCCGAUGAACAUCGUGAAAAAAUCAAUUCCGCCACAAUUGUGUUCGUUAAUAAUUUUGCGUUCGGACCAAAUGUUGAUCAUCAGUUGAAAGAGCGUUUUGCUGAUUUACGUGAUGGUGCCCGAAUCGUAUCAUCGAAAAGCUUUUGUCCACUCAAUUUUCGUAUAACUGAAAGAAAUCUAAGUGACAUCGGAACAAUAAUGCACGUUAAAGAGAUGUCAUCGUUACGUGGAUCGGUGUCAUGGACUGACAAACCGGUUUCAUAUUACUUGCACGUAAUCGAUCGCACCAAAUUGGAACGAUAUUUCCAACGAUUGAAGAGUGGCGGCGAAAAUGGAAAUGGCCGAGGAAAUCGGUACACACGAAAUAAUAAUGGAACCAAUGAGAAUUCCACCGAUUCAGAUCAAGAGAUUAUGAAUGGUACCAUCAACGUCAAUGUUAACGGCAACGCAAAUGUCAAUGCCAAUUCAAAUGGUAAUCGACAUCGUCGAACCUGGUCCGAUAACACCAAUUACAAAGACAAGAGCAGUCACUCAGAUGACGAAGAGAAUAAUAAUUCACGAAAUCGAAAACAAAAUGUGCUAAAGAAACGUAAAAAGUUGGCGAGAAAAGCGGCCGAAAAGUCAGCGACCACAGCAACAACGAACCAAACAAAUGGUGUACAAAAGAGACGACCACAGAAGGCAAAUGCCACUGGUGUAACAACAAUAUCGAAUAAGAAAGGUGGUCGCAAGCGAAACUUUAAAAUUGUCGGUUUGGAUUUAUUGCACAGUCACACACUAUCGAGUACAAGUUCACAGGCGAUGGGCAGACGAUUGCCACCAGCACCAGGUUGUGUGGAUCAACAGUUGACUACACUCAGUGGUAAUAUGACACACGAAGAGCUCAAUAUACCAACUGCUCCGGGCGAUACACCAUACGCUUUGCAAAUAUUGCUCGACUUAUUUCGCAAUCAAUACAUGCAAACUUUGGAUCAAAUGCGAAAUCCAGCAUACAAAGAGAAUGUCAACAAACAAGUGUCCGAUGAAAAGGAACGCAAUAAAAAUCUAUUGAAUCGUGUCAAUCAACUGGAGAAACAAAUUAAGGUGCUGAUUGAUGACAGCGUUGCAUUGCUGAAGGCGCGAAUGAAUGAGCUGGGCAUCGAAAUGACUAGUCAAAAUGAUUUGUUGGCCAAAGCGAAAGAAAUUGUUGGCCGACACAAAGAUUUACAAGUGACAGCGGCCAAACUACAAUCUCAAGUUGGUCAGCUCGAACGUGACCAUAAUCAUUUGAUUAUGAAUCAAGUGCAAUUGAUAGCAAACAAAUAUACACCAAAAGGCGAACCAAUCGAAUUGAAUUCAAAAAUAUCACAAGAAUUGGUGUUGAAAGAAAUCGCAAGUACAUUAUCGCAUCGCAAGAAGUUAAAAGAUAAAUUGACCUCAUUGGAACAAGAUAUGCAAACGAUGGAUAACACACAAAAUGUAUCGGCAUCAAGUGCGUUUGCAGUAGAUGAAAAGCGAUUAACCACCAUUACUCCAUUGCAUCAUGCGCAGCCCAAUUCUAAUUUGCAUGCACCAAAUACGUAUGCAUCGGCAACAAUAUCGUUGGCACCGCCAUCGAAACCAGCACCAUCGACCACAAAAUCGCAACGAAAAAGUCGUGAAAGUCGUGCACGAUCUCAAGAAUGGCCUGACAUACCUGAUGUUGGUAAAAUUGAAGAGAACAAUCCAGAGAUUUUGGCACAGAAAAUUCUCGAAACGGGUCGUCAAAUCGAAGCCGGUCGUCUCAGCAAGCACAACAAAGAUUCGAAUGAUCAACGUAGACAUUCACAGCAAUUGAUUGCGGAUAAUUCGCUAAUGCCAGCACCAACUGUUGUCGUUAAAUCAGUGCGUGGUGGACAAACGAACGUUGUUGCCGCUUCAGGUACCACUGCUAUCGCAAAUCAUACACCGAUGCAACCAAAACAUUCAUCGAAAAUUGUACAAGACACACCAAAGGUGGUGAACUUUGAAGACAGACUGAAGAGCAUCAUUACGUCGGCAUUGAGCCAAGAUCAGGAACAACGUAAGAAUCACCCAAAAUCGAAUAAUGCACAGCCUUCACCGACACAACAGUCGGCAUCAAAUCUGUACGCAAAAUCGUCGUAUCCAAAUUCACAAGCUGCCACACCGAAUGCCAAUCCAACAGCACCAACGCACAAUUUUACACAGAAUAUCAUAUCGGGAACACAUCAUUUAAAUGCAGCCACAACAAUUUCAGCUGUUAAACCGUCCAUUAACAACAGUAUGUCAAUCAAAUCGGCCGACAAUUCAUACGCAAUGAUUUCGAAUAAAUAUGCCAGCGGAUCUGGUAAAUACGGUCAACAUUCGAAUCAAGCCCAGCAUGCAUCUCAUUCAAUGGCACAUUAUCAAAAGAAUCAUCAUGCACAAUCAUCCGAAGCGUCGAUAACACCGCGUCAUUCACCUCAUGGCCCAUCACCCAUAAAUAACUAUUCACAACUGGCACAUCAUCGCGACAACGAACGUAAUAUUGAUUUGCAACAUCAUCCACACAAUAACAGUAGUAAUCGUGAACACAUCAUGCAACAUCAAAAUCAAUAUAUUCCACACAUUGAUGUGAAAAAUGAAUUUAAAACGCCCGAAAAAAUGCGAUACGUGGAACGUAUUUCAAAUCAUGUUUCAAUAGAUGAGCAUAAUAUGAAUCGCGCCUUUAUCGCUGAAAAUAUGAAUGCCUACAAUUCAUCAAGUCGUCCGUCAUCGACGUCGUCAUGCGCAUCAAGCGGUCAUCAUAGUAUGGGCAGUGGACGACAAAUGAUUGCAGCCACACCGCCAUUACAAUCGCCAAAUAAUUUGCCCGACUACACGCAAGUUUCACCGGCCAAAAUGGCAUUGCGUCGUCAUUUAUCUCAGGAGAAAAUAUCACAACAAUUUGGCCCUGGCAAUGGUUCGAUGUCAUCCAAAACGAUUGGCGAUCUGGUGAAUGGUGAAAUUGAACGAACGCUUGAGAUCUCACAUCAAAGCAUUAUAAAUGCAGCCGUUGAUAUGUCGGCAAUGGGUAGUUCUGGUGCUGUGAUCAAUGAACGUGUUCAACGGCCCGAACGAGUCAAUGUUCGUGUUAUGGAUGAAUUGAUGCCACCGCAACAUCAACCAUUCGGUGGUGCGACCGCAUACUCGAAUCGUAAUCGUGAAAUCACCAAAUCACCAGUGCAUUUACAUGGACAAAGUAAUUUGGCCACAUUAGCACAUGUUGCACACAAUCACAAACAGAUGACAACACAACAUUCGUAUUCAACCGGUCACACAAAACCAUUGACAAUACAAACAGUUUCACCACGUUCAACUGGAUCGGCACAAUAUUCACCCUCAUCAAAUCAUUCGUUCACAUCACCAUCGAUGCGACAAAAUGAACAAAUUCACCAAACACAACCGACAAAAUAUAUGCCGCUACCUCGGGCCGAUAUGAAAAUGAAUUGGGAAUCGUAUUUCAAUGAAUCAAAAACGGCGAUGCUGCAUCAAAAUCAACAGCCACCAAAACCAAUUAUGCAUUCGAAACGAACUGAUAUGCCAGAGGAAUCGCAUCGUAACAAUGGCGGACCACCAUUGGAAGGUUUGGCUGCAUCAUUACAACAGCGUGUCAUUGCCCAAAUGAAAAUAAAAGAAGAACGUGAUGUUGUUGAACGACAAAAACGAGCCGAAAUUAAUCCCAUUCAUAAUGGAAAUGUAACUAUUACACCAACAACUCACAUCAAAACCGAAGCUUUAGGUGCCCUGAAACGUUCAUCGCCACACACACAGCACCAUCGACCGGCAAAAAUUCGUCCACACUAUGGCAGUGGCAUGUUGUCACCAAAUGAAAAUCAUCGCGAGUUGAUGAGUCCGGAAAUCAAUUCGAUGCGAUCCGAAGAGCGGGCUCAUAUUCGUCCCAAAAUUGACGACGGUCUGAUUUGUAUCGACGAUGGAGACGAUGAAUCGCAUUGGCAAGAUCGCGUUAGUUCGGGCUUUGAUCGUUUAGUUGCAUUUGCAUCGAUUGAAUUAACAAAAACGUCACGUCGUUCGAUUGAAGAUGGUGCACCGUCAACCAGUCCCGACUCGGGCAUCAAUCAAAGUAGUGACGGUCGAACAUUUUUAUCAUCAUCAUCGUCCUCAUCUCAAUUGGAUGCGCCAACAAAUCUAUUACGAACAGUGGUUCCAAUUAUGAAAACAUCACCAGCCGAAGUACUUGAAAGUCCUCCACCACCGGAUAUGCCACGUACACCAAGCCCAUCCAGUCCACCGCCAAUUUAUUCAGCUCAAUCACCAUACGAUCCGUAUAUGUUGCAUAACAGUGACGAAAAAUUGAAUACAUCAAAUCAAUAUGCAUACCACAACGAUGCGCCAGAGCCAAAUCUCAAGAUCCCAUUGAAGUAUCAACGACAAUCAAAAUCGGUGUCAUACAAAAAGAAAUUCCGCACCUGGGAAUAUGAUGAGGAUCCGAAUGCUGGUGAAAAUGACAGUUUGGAUGACUACAAUGACUAUCAUCAAAUCAACAAAUCGUCCAAAUUUCGACCAAAGGGUUAUUUACCAAAGGGUAAAGUGUGGAAAAAUCAUGAAAAUGAACCGCAUACAUAGAAUGUAUGAAACGGUCUAAUUGCACGCGUUUGAAACUUGGACGCCAAUGUAAUUUUUUUUAAUAGAGAGAGAGAGGGAUGAACUGUACAUUUUACACGGAGUAGCAUUUACAAGCAUACAAAGCAGAAAAAAAAGCAUUUGAUUGAGAAAAGGUGUGUUUGAGAACAAAAAAAAAAAAACGAUAAAAAAUUAACUUCAAUUUAAGAUUAACCUCAUUUAGUAAAAAUUCAUACAGAUCGAGUAGGUUUGUUAAGCGAUCGCAUUUUUGUUUCGCCGUUUUAGUAAGUCGUGGAAAAACUAAUUACAAUUAACUGGUCUGAUUAAUUAUAUUAUACAUUUAGAAAAAUAUAAUGUAUACAAAAUGAAGUGUGUUUUGAGCUUCGUUUUCGGCGUGCGUGAAACAGGCAUUGAAUCCGAAAAAAGAAACCUUUUCCUUUCAUUUUCUAGUUAAUUGAUUUUAAUCUUUUAUUUAUUUUAUUUUUUUGCGAUGAACCAUUCAAAAAUGGUAGAGAUCCCCCAGAAAAUAUGUUAAGCAUUUUUCAGUUAAAAAUUAAUCUUAUAUUUUUUUCUCUUCUUCUUGAGAACUACAAAUGAAUUUAUAUUUAUGUUACAAAGCAAAUGGAUCGUAACAUUCGCUAGACUGCCAAACGUUUUUUUUUUUUAAUUCUGUUUAACAAACUUUUGUUUUCGCCUUUUUUUCCCGAAUUGAACACACAAAUAAUUAUUAAUUUUUUUUUACGUUUUAUGAAGUAUUUUAUCGAGCUUCAUUUAAUUUUUUUUUUCUAAACUAAUAUAUAUAUAUUGUAUGUUUCGAACCUUUAUUCGAUCCACAUAAAGAAUGUUAACACAUACAUUUUAUAAGGAGUAUUUACGUAAGCAAGCUAUAAAUAUAAUAAUAGUAAAAAUCAUUUAAUCGCAACUAUAACGAGAAUUUAGUGAAAAUGAAAUGAAUAGUUAUUGGCAUUUAAAUGGACGAAUUAGUUUUCAAUCAAAAAAAUUUCAAAUUUCAAAUUCAAAACAAAAGAGUUAAAAAAAGAUAAAUAUUCAAAUUAUCAUGAACAACUUUUCAAAUUUAUACGAAAAAGAAAAAAGUACGUUUUUACGCACUAGGCGUAUAUAUAAUUUCAACUACUUUAAUUAGAGACUGAUCAUUUCUCUUCAUUUAAUUCACCUAAAUGCAUUCGUGUGUCCAUUCGUUCUUUUUAUAAUACGAACACUUCAAAAUCAUUUUUUCUUUUGGAAUGGAAUAACGAAUAAUUUCUUUACAUUACUGCCAUAGAAUUUAAGUGAUCAUCCGAUCAAAAUUCAUUCAUUCAUUACAUUUUUAUAGAAACAAAAAUUAUUCAAUCAUAUUUUUUUCUUUCUUGAAUGCGAUUUCGUUUCUCAUUUAAUGUGUUCAAUCGAAUAAAGUAUAAAACAAAAUGACGAUAUCAUUGGUCAAAAUCGAGAUUUGUAAAGAUCAAACCAAUUUAUGAAUUAACCAAAAAAUAUAUAAAUUGUUUCCCAUCUCAAAAAAGGAUAUUAUCACAAAAUAACAACCAAUCGAAUACAAAGCAAUAUAACCAACAUUUUUUGAUAGAUUUUCAAUACGACAUGAAAAUGAAAUUGUUUUUUUUUUUCUGGCCGGCUUGUGUAUUGUUAAGCGAACAUUUAUAAUCUCGAAUUUGCAUAUAAAAAUGGAUUAAGAUGUGUUAUAUGUGUGAUAAUCGUCAUGUAUUGAUUCUUUUUCAACGCGAAACGGAAAUUGAUGAAAAACCAAAAUGCAUAAAAGAACACAAUUUACAAUGAUCAAUCUAGCGAAAGAAAAAUAAUUAAA